GCUCUCUCAAGAGGAGGUUGAGGUUGCAAUCUCUCGCGUUUUCUUCGGGAUGUCGACCAUGCGCCCACGAAAGCUGAAGAAACCGAGCGAGCCACCAUCGCCGCCUGAGUGUGGGUCCCUGUCCCGGUCAUCGACGCCGCCGCCACGCGACCGUGCGACCGUCAUGCCUGUGACGGUGGAACAUCCCAAGAUGAACCCGGCCAUGUGGGCUGCCCUCAAGAAGCACAUCAUGCGGCAGCGCGAAAAGCAAAAGCAGGAACAGGAAACCGAUGCUGCCAGUGAGCGAGUACGAGGCCCGCGGGGAUCGAAGCGUCCACAGGACGAGAUGACGCUAGAGGAGGUCCGCGAAGAGCUGCAGCAGGCGGACAAGAAGCUCGUGACGCUCAAGGAGGAGAAGCACAAGCUCGUCGUGCAGCUCAAGAAGGUGCUGCAAGAAGACGACGUCCGGAAACGGGCUCUUGAGAAGAAGGCCGACAAGAUGGCUGCGCUCAACCCCCCUUACCAUCAGCAGCUGCCCCAGAACGCCGCAGUGCAGCAGCACGCUGCUGCGCCGAGCUCACCACACCUCCACAUCCAGGAAACGAACGGGGCACACUCUACGUACGAGUUGCCGCUACCAAUUCCGCAGAACCCUGGCGUCAUGCAUCGGGCACCGCUCAAGUUGCGGCUGACCCCAUAUCCUCUGCCUCCGUGACCGCAAGCCGCGACAUCGUCCUCUUCGCAGCAAGCGACGCCGCCUCAGCCGGGCUUCUAGCCACAGCAGCCCUACGUGUACAGGGCUCAGUUUCCCGGCUCGACGGCCUACGGGGCUCCGUUGCUGAUGCCGGCGUACGCGCCAGGCUACAGCCCCUUCUACUCUGCCGGAACUGAAAAUCGUGGUGGUGUCAAUUGGUAGUAGCCACGACGUCGGCACAAGGUGACAUCGAAGCUAUAGGCGCUAUUUCAUUGAGCCAGUUUUGGUUGCAGCGAAUCUGUGAAGGUGAAAUAGUUGUCCAUGUAGCUGCCACAAUAAACCAUUUAUCAA